AUUUAGUCACGUGACACGUGUCAUUGCCCAAAACAUUCAGCAUGGCUGAAGCGGAAAGUGUGGAUCAUCAAAUUGGAAAUGGAAGCAUCAAGAGCGACGAUAAUACAGAUGUAGACCCUCCUGCUAGCAAUGGACCAUACCGACAGAUUAAUCUCCAGAGAAUCAGAGACCAUGCUCAGCAACUGCGAUCCGAUGCUAUAGACAAUCUGAAUGGGAAACUGACUGAGUUAUUUGACACGUUUGUUACUGAGGUGGAACAGAUUGAUAACGACGGUACGAAUCGCAAUAUCAGACCACACACUCGCAAGAAAGAAAGGAGUAUUGAUGACUUGCCAGAUAAAAUAUUUGUCAACCGAAGAUCUGUGUUAACGGACCUGUUUGAGAUAAGUCAUAUACAGACUAUUUACCACAUUUUUGUAGCAAUACUGGUUGUAUUCAGCCUACAGACAUUUAUCUACGACUAUGUGGAGAAACAGAGGCUGUGUCUCGAUUUUGAUCUCAUUCACUGGGCGAUGGGCAAGAUUCCCAAGGUGAUGUUUCUGUGGGUGUGCAUGCAGGGCAGCACGCUCCUCAUCGUGUAUCCAGCAUUCUACUAUUGGUCCCGCACACGCAUGCCAGGACCAGUCAAGCUCUUCGACUAUGUCUUCCUGGGUCUGUUCAUUUUCUUUGAGAUUCUCUUCCUUGUGCUGCCUGUCAAGUACGUGUACGAGAACCAACUCCCCCCAGCCUCGUCUGUGAUAAUAACUUGUGAACAGCUUCGUCUUGUGAUGAAGGUUCAUGCUUUUGUACGAUCAAACAUAAUGCGAGUCAUCGAUUAUAAAAAAGAUGAUGGUAAGUUCUCUAGUCACAUACCGAGGACCCUUCCACAAUUGAUUGCCUGGGGACAGAACUGGGGCAAUUAUAUUUCAUACAUUCCACCUACAGAAUACAAUUUUAAGCAAGAGAGUACAAAUGUGGCAACAGCCAUAAAAUAAUAUUUACGAUGCCCCUUACAAAGUCCUCCCCGCCAUGUAAUUAAGUCUAGAACAGUGUGGAUGUGUAUGUCCUGCUUGUAUAAACAUGCUAAUAUG